AUGUCUACAGAUACCACUAAACCUCAGGGCGUAUGCCCUGUUGAUCAUACCACCCGUGAAGCUUGGAUUCGCAACGCGGGAAGCAACCAAAAGCCAUUACUUGAAGACAAACUCAACCAGCAGCAACAAGUUCCCGCGCCGCAUCCAGUACCUGCUGGAGCUGAUGAAGCCAAAUGUCCGGUUGACCAUGAGUCGCGGGCUGUGUGGCUACAAAACGGCGGUGAAGGUCGUGUCAACGUCGAAAACUGUUCCUCUGACCGAUUAGGAAGCAACUUUAGCACACCCUCUACUGCUGUCGAUUCAACGGGUCACCGCCUUUCUACAGAACGUGAGAUAUCAACAAUCCCUAGAGCAAGUACUGGCGACAACUGGGUGUACCCUUCGCAACAACAAUUCUUCACAGCUAUGCAGCGUAAGAAUUGGGACCCAAGUGCCGACGAUAUGAAGACUGUGGUUCCGAUCCACAAUGCAGUCAACGAACGUGCAUGGACGGAGAUUCUUAAGUGGGAGCAGGGUGAAGGUGGUGAAUCGUGCGGUGGACCCCAGCUCAUUCGUUUCCAAGGUGACUCAAAGAAAAUCACACCCAAGGCUAGAUUCAAUAUGAUUUUUGGAUACCAAAAACCCUUUGAUCGCCACGACUGGCUCGUCGAUCGCUGUGGAACACAGGUUGAGUAUGUUUUGGACUUUUACUCUGGUAAGCCUAAUCCUCUGAUGCCUGAUAUGCCCAGUUUCUACAUUGACGUUCGACCAAAGCUCAACUCGAUAGAAGGCUGCCGCAUGAGACUUUUUAAGUGGUUUGGUCUAAAAUAA